UGCGAAAAAUUACGUACUUUGUGAGAAAAAAGAUGCUUAAAAGAUCGAGUGAAGGUGAGGAUGAUGAUACGCGAAAGUUACGGAAGAUACGUAAGAUGGAAAAGAAAAUACAAAAAUACAAAGCAGCCAUGACAGCUGCGGAUCCAGAAACAUUGUCAAUUUUGGAGCAAAAUAGUGUGGAUGAAAAUUGUGAUAAGUUGGAAGAAGAAAAUAAUGCUCAUAGUGACAAACCAGAAGAAACCCAAGAACACCAUCAAGAACAUGAAGAAGAGGAAGGUGAUGUUGAGAUAGAGGAAGACCUGCCCCAAGACAUCCUGGCUGCCCUCGGAGAAGGGGGACAGGACGAUGAUGCUAACUAUGGAGCUGAAAUAAAAUCAGAGAUUGUUAAGAUAAUCGACACUAUACUAACAGAUGGAAUGAAUAAAGAGAUGCAUGAAUCCUUAUCAAAAACUAAGAUCCCGAGAAACGUCAAACUGUUAGAUGCUCCAAAACUAAAUACAGAAUUUGCAGGUUUUCUCAACAACUCCAUGACUAAUAGAGACAACUUACUGAAAGAUAGACAGCAAGACCUGGGCAGAGCAAUUGCUUUAGUUACUCAGACAAUUAAUGAUCUAACUAAAAAAGAUUUUGACAAAUUACAGGCAAUAAAGUCCCUGAGUGACAGCAUAAGACUACUCAGUAACCUGCAUUUCAAUUACACUCAAAUUCGAAGAAAGUUGAUUGCACCAUUUAUGGAUAAGUCGUUGACACAAAACCUAAAUGAAAACAAGAGAUCCGAGUUUUUAUACUCUAAACUAGAGGAAUCAGUAAAAACAUCCUCUGCAAUGAAACGCACAAUCAACAUUCUAAAACCCAAAAAUACACCAAAAAACUAUCAGAAUCCCAGGCGACAACCCGCCCCAAAUCAGUACACGCCCAGAACAAACAACAUGAAUUACAAACCAAGACCAUACCAGAGCAAUCAGGCUUCAACCUACAAGCCACAGCGCAGCCAUCAACGUCCACCACAACACGCGAGGUCUACCCGCCGACCAACAACAUCCCAUCAUCGAGGAGGUCGUGCAAAGUACCCAUAA